AGCUCAAAAAAGUUUAAGGGGUGAGUUAGAAAAAGAAAAGAAAAACGCAGAAGCACAUAGAAGAAAGAUAAGAAAGAAAGAAUGCGGGCCUUAACAUGCACCCUCUCUGCUUAUCCUGCGCAUCCUGUUCCAACCUCCAUUUCAACUGCCACCGUUAGCUACACCCCUCGCCUCUCUAUUCCCGUCAAUCCCUUCGUUCCAGAGGUUGUAAAAGCCGUUGAUUCUUUGCAUUCAGAGUUCAGGGCCGUGGAUAAUUUGGUUGCGUACAAUUCCACCCGUGUCCUUAAAGCUUUUCACAAUGCUCGACUUGGUUCUCAUCACUUUGGCGGUUCCACAGGCUAUGGCCACGAUGAAGCUGGGGGACGCGAAGCUCUUGACCAGGCUUUUGCGGAAAUUGUUGGAGCGGAAUCUGCUAUUGUUCGUUCACAGUUCUUCUCAGGUACUCAUGCUAUCACAUGUGCUUUAUUUGCCCUCUUGAGGCCAGGAGAUGAGCUUUUGGCAGUUGCUGGUGCUCCUUAUGACACUUUAGAGGAAGUAAUUGGGAAACGGGACUCUGGUGGUUUGGGUUCCCUCCAAGAUUUUGGGGUGAAAUACCGAGAAGUUCCGCUUGCUGAGGAUGGUGGACUUGACUGGAAUGCGCUGAUGAGUGCUGUUAAACCCGAAACAAAAUGUGCACUCAUACAGAGGUCAUGUGGUUAUUCUUGGCGUCAGAGUUUGAGUGUUAAUGACAUAGGGAGAGCGAUUCAAAUUAUCAAGAAGCAAAAUCCUGAGUGUUCAGUCAUGGUGGACAAUUGCUAUGGUGAACUUGUGGAAGGCAUUGAACCUCCGAUGGUGGGUGCAGAUUUGAUGGCGGGCAGUUUGAUCAAGAAUCCUGGUGGAACAAUUGCACCAUGUGGUGGAUAUGUUGCUGGGAAAAAGAAACUGGUUGAAGCAGCUGCAGCGCGUCUUUCUGCACCUGGGCUUGGUGUGGAUUGUGGUUCAACUCCCGGUGAUAUCAUGAGGGCCUUUUUCCAGGGAUUGUUUCUUUCACCUCAAAUGGUUGGGGAAGCAAUCAAGGGUUCCUUCCUGAUUGCUGAAGUUUUGGCAUCUAAAGGUUAUAAAGUGCAGCCACUCCCUCGAGUCCCCCGAUGUGAUACUGUUCAGGCUGUACAGCUUGGAAGCCAUGAGCGCCUCCUUGCUUUCUGUGAGGCUGUUCAAAGAAGUUCUCCCGUGGGAUCAUACACCAAACCAAUUGCGGGUACCUCUCCUGGAUAUGCGUCAGAGGUGAUCUUUGCCGAUGGAACCUUCAUUGACGGGAGUACUAGUGAGCUUUCAUGUGAUGGACCUCUUAGAGAACCAUUUGCUGUAUUUUGCCAGGUGUUUUGGGAGGCACUCAUUGGACUCAAUGGGGACUGGUCCUUGGAGAAGUUUUGAAAUCUAUAUGAUGGAAUCUAAAUUUCAGUAAGUUAAUACUGCAUGAUAUGACCUUCAGAGGACAGCAUGACUAAGAUUGGUACAAAUACAGUUAAGGCCAGGGUGGAAAAGAAAUGUUUAUCGAAAAAUACGAACUAACUGUGACUAAAUCUGGUGCAGCAAGCCAAAUGAUGUAGAUUUUGAAAUUUUGGGUGAGAAAAUAGAUUUUGUAUAGUAAUAUUCUUUGAAGUUUAUGCAUGUGUGUAAAAUCUGAAAAAUCUUAAUAUCUUAUGAUGUUUAAUGCAUUAAUCAGUAAGUGUUUGGGAAUA